CUAGUUUACAUAUGAUGUGACUUCAAUGCCCGCCCCCUUUUGAAUAAAGAUCAAGACUUACUUCCAAAGCCAAAAUAUGUCACGUCCAACAAAGAUCACGGCAGUGACAGUGAAAGAUAUAAGAUUCCCUACGUCUUUAGAGAAGGAUGGAUCAGAUGCAAUGCAUAAAGCCCCUGAUUAUUCCUGUCCAUAUGUCACCAUACAGACAGACUCUGCUCUUCAGGGAAAUGGGACCACAUUUACUGUGGGACGAGGGAACCACAUAGUUUGUUGUGCUGUGGAGGUUUUUGAAAAGAUGCUAGUGGGUAAAAAGCUCACAGAGAUCUUUGAUGACUUUGGGAAUUUCUGGCAGUCGCUUGUCAGUGAGGACCAAAUCAGAUGGCUUGGUCCGGAAAAAGGAGUGAUUCACUUAGCAACAGCAGCCAUUGUCAAUGCAUUGUGGGAUUUGUGGGCCAAAAUAGAAAACAAGCCUCUUUGGAAAUUGCUGGUAGAUAUGGAGCCAGAAAAGCUUGUGUCUACUAUUGAUUUCAGAUAUAUGUCUGAUACUCUGACUAAAGAGGAAGCUAUAGAGAUUUUGAAGAAAAUGCAAGAUGGAAAGAAGGCAAGAGAGGAGGAGCUCCUGGCCAAAGGUUUCCCUGCCUACACCACCUCCUGUGGAUGGCUGGGGUACUCAGACGAGAAAAUUAAAAAGCUUGCAACAGAGGCCAUGGCAGCAGGAUGGACAAGAUUUAAAAUGAAAGUAGGAGGAGAUGUAAAUGAUGAUGUCAGACGCGCCAAAAUCUUCAGGGAGACGAUCAAAGAAGACAUGCUUCUGAUGGUGGACGCUAACCAGAAAUGGGAGGUCCAGGAAGCCAUUGAUUGGAUGAAGCAGAUGGCUGACUACAAGAUUCUGUGGAUAGAGGAACCAACCAAUCCUGAUGAUGUCAUGGGUCAUGCAGCCAUCGCAGAGGCCCUUGUACCUCUAGGUAUAGGAGUUGCCACUGGAGAGAUGUGUCAGAACAGAGUCAUGUUUAAACAGUUUCUGAAGGCCAAGGCCAUGCAGUAUUGUCAGAUUGAUGCAUGUCGACUAGGCGGAGUUAAUGAAGUUCUGGCUGUAAUUCUAUUGGCUGCCAAAUACAAUGUUCCUGUUUGUCCACAUGCAGGAGGCGUGGCACUGUGUGAACUUGUUCAGCAUCUCUCCAUGUUUGACUUCAUCUGUGUUUCGGGGACAAUGGAAAAUCGGAUGAUAGAAUUUGCUGAUCAUCUUCAUGAACACAUGUUGGCGCCAGUCGUCUUAAAAGGAGGAAGAUACAUGGCACCUAAGACACCAGGGUAUGUUAUGGGAAUCAAGGACCAGUCUCUGGCUGAUUUUGUCUACCCAGAGGGGGCCGAAUGGCAGCGGAUGUUUAAGGAGGGAUUGUUUCAACAGGAAUGAGUGAAAGAACAAUUAACUGUGUAAUUAAUGUGUAGUCCAAUCAGUGCCAAUAAAUAUAUUAAUUAUGAAAUUUAUUGUCUUUUUACAUGUAUAACCAGAUCAGAAUUAUUAACUUUUUAAGAACUAAAGUGCCUGAUUUUUUAUUAUGAAAUAUUCAUUUUAUAAGCCAGUGUACAUAUUUAUGAAAUGUGCAUUUAGUUUUCAGUGCAAAUUGUUAUGAGUAUUUAAGGUAUUUCCAUCCUCGUAUGAUGUCAUAGGUUUUUGCAAAAACCGUUAUUUAUAUUAAUCCAU